ACUACAGAUUUGUCUUUUGCUGUACCUAGAAAAAGGUACCUGGCUGUGCUUUCAAAGCAGAAGUUCAUCUGAUGAAGCUUUGUGAAAUGGUGCAAAGAUGAUGGGAAAGCAUGAUCAUGAAGACCUGAGUGUUGGGAAUUAACUGAAAACAGAAGUACAGCUUCCACUGCAAGUGCCAUCAUGGCCAGUCUUGUUCUUAAUGAGACUGGAAUGGAGAACUGUGGCAUUGAUGACUCUUUCAAGUACAACCUGUAUGGUGUGGUGUACAGUGUUGCAUUUGUGCUGGGUUUGGUCACCAACUGUGCUUCACUGUUUGUCUUCUGCUGUCGCAUUAAAAUCCGUAACGAGACCACGCUUUUCAUGACCAAUCUAGCUUUAUCAGACUUAGUGUUUGUUUUUACUCUUCCUUUCAAGAUCUUUUAUAACGUGAAUCGCCACUGGCCAUUUGGUGAUACAUUGUGUAAGAUCUCUGGAGGAGCCUUCAUCACCAAUAUCUAUGGCAGUAUGCUGUUCCUGACAUGCAUCAGUGUGGAUCGCUUCCUGGCUAUCGUUUACCCCUUCCGUUCACUCUCCAUCCGCACCCGUCGCAAUGCAGGUAUCGUGUGCGGUAUCAUCUGGCUGUUGAUACUUGGUGGGGGCAUGUCAGUUACAUUCUUCUCUUCCACCAACCAGUCCAAAACUAGCACCACCUGCUUCGAGGGAUUCUCCAAGAAAACAUGGAAGACGUAUUUGUCAAAGAUCACCAUCUUAAUUGAAGUGGUGGGUUUCCUUAUCCCACUGAUGAUCAACCUAGCCUGCUCUUCCAUGGUGCUAAGGACUUUACGUAGACCUGCUACACUGUGUCAGACUGGCACCAACAAGGAGCGUGUUUUACGCAUGAUUGUAGUGCAUUUGGCCAUUUUUAUCGUCUGCUUUGUACCUUACAAUUCUGUUCUGUUUAUUUAUGCCAUGGUGCGCAUUCGAGCACUUGUGAGCUGCUGGGUGGAGAGGCUUGCACGAAUCCUGUAUCCCAUAACACUUUGCAUUGCAACCUUCAACUGCUGCUUCGACCCGGUUGUCUACUACUUUACCUCUGAGUCUUUUCAGAAAUCACUGACUACAGGGAAGUGCCAGGCCAUGCAGGAAAACAUGCUGCAGAGUGAAUGCCCUGUAUCUAGCAAGGAUAAUCCUGACACACACGCAGUUGAGCUCCAUAUACUGGCCAGCAAUGGAAAAGAUCAAGCCAGUGAGACCCAGUUCUGAAAGUAAUACAUAGUUCCAGGACUACAGUCAGAAGGAUAUCUAUGAGAUUCUGGUCUCAGGAUGUAGCAUUAAAUACAAUUACUGGAAUUUGUACUCAAUGGCACACAUGCAUGGAACAUCUGUGUCUCUUUUAUGAUUUUUUUCUGUCCAUUAGUUGUGUUGUUUACUUUUAGGUUUACAGGUGAGCCAGUAAGCUAAGAGUAACUCAUCACUGCAUUUUAUCAAUGAAUAUUACCAUAGCACUUGUGUUUUUUAUCGUAUUGUAUUUUUACCCAGCCAAAGCACCGUUUGGAAGUGUUUUUUUUUUUCUCUCUCUCUCUCUCUCUCUUUCUCAAAAAUUAAUGUUAAUAUGACAUAUAAGCAUUUAAAUUAUACA